AUGACCAUUCUGGGAAAAGACUCCAAGAUCCUCAUUGCGGGCGCCGGACCCUCGGGUCUCGCGCUGGCACAGAUGCUUCGCAAGGAAGGGAUCAACUUUGAGAUUUUCGAGCGCGAUGUGUCGAGACCUCAGGGUUGGUCCGUGGGGCUUGAUAAAUGUCUGGACGAGCUGGAGCGACUCCUCCCUGGGGACAUUGGCGGGUUCGCCACGCUGAGUCCAAACUACGCGCUCAAGAGACUCGACUCGUUCGCCGUCAUGGACGGGGCCACGCACCGGGUCGUCGGGGUGACGGGGUCAAAAAGCCUCGAGGAGCACGGCAGCAGGAUGUUCUUCUGUCCGCGCGAGAAGAUCCGGAACCUCUUGACGCCGCACACGAACCUCCAGACGGACAAGCACGUGACCGGCUACAGCGACGACGCGGACGGCGUGACCCUGCGCUUUAAAGACGGCACCACCGCCCGAGGCGCGCUGCUCGUCGCCGCCGACGGGGCCCGGUCCACGGUGCGAAGACAGCUGCUGGAGCGCAGCCCGCUGAUCCCGACCAACUUUGUCGUGAUCCACGGCGUGGUCCGGCUCAGCCAGGACCAGUGGCGACCCAUCCUCGAACACUCGUCGUGUGGCAUCCUGCUCGGGACCGACACGUGCAAGUUCUACUUUCUGCUCAUCGAGCACUGCGACGGCCAUGGCGAUGGCAAUGGCGAUGCCCUGUUCAACUGGAACGUGUCGUACCGCAGCGACGACGUCGCAGUCGACGACACCUGGGCGUCCUCGGCCACGGCGGAACAGCUCCUCCAGAAGGCGCUGGCGGUGAUCAAGAACUUUCCACCCUUCCUGGUCGACGGGAUCCGACGCACGCCGCUCGAGGGGAUCCAGCGCCCGCCGAUCGGGUUGGUCGAGACGGUCCUCCCUGAUCAGCUCCUGCCUCGCGGCAACGUCACGUUGAUGGGCGACGCUGCGCAUUCAAUGCUCCCCUUCCGCGGCAUGGGCGCCAACACGGCCCUCCUUGACGCAUGUGACCUGGCCAAGGCCAUCAUCCACGGCGUCCGCACCGCGAGCUCGGUCGACUCGGUCCUCCAGGCGUAUGAGAGGGUUAUGGUCCCGCGGGGACGGGAGCAUGUUUUGGCAUCGCAUGCUGUGGGGGAGGGGGCGGUGGCGAGUGAGUUGGCGGGGGGUCGUCUGGAAGAGGGUUCGGCAUAG